AUGGCGCGGAGCCGUUUAAUUGGUGGAAAUUGCUUAUUAUAUUCUUUUUAUUUCUUUUUGAUUUUCCACCGGAACUUAUGCGUCGAGCCUGAACCUUUCUUUAAACCAAGAUUCUUCCUUUGUUUUUCUUUCUUAUUUUUUCUUUCUUUUUUAAUUUACGAUUCUUUCUUUCUUUCUUUCUUUCCCCUCAUUUUUACUUCUUUUGUUUGUUCAUCUAUAUUUUCCCUUGUCCUCAACUCUUUGAUGCCAACAUUCCGCUUUUAUUUCUUUCUUUCUUUCUUUCUUUCUUUCUUUCUUUCUUUCUUACAUCUAAGUUCCUUUUUUCUUUCUUUUAAUUUAAGAUCCUUCCAUCUUUUCUCUCUUUCUUUCUUCCUUUCUUUUACUCUAAGAUUCAUUCUGUAUUUCUGUUUUUACUCUAAAAUUUUUCUUUUUUCUUUCAUUCCUUACUUCCUUCCGUUCUUUCUAUCUUUUCCUUUCUUAAUUAUUUUUAUUCAUUUCCGUCUUUCUCAUGUCAAACUGUUUUCCAUUGCCUCUUUCUUUCUCACCACAAACCCCACAAAUAUUCCCUUCUCGUCUGCUUCUAAUGAAAAUUACUCCGGUUGA